CCAGCUUGACCACCGCUGUCUAUGUAUGCUCUACGGCAUGGAGAAAAAUGCUUGACAGAAGACACCUAUCGUGUUAUCUGUAUCAUCCAUACCGUGGAAAACUGGUCAAUUGAUGUAUGCUUCACCGUGUGAAAGCCAUCGAUGAAUGCUCUAAUCCAAGUCCGGUGAUACGCUGGCCUUCUUGCUUCCUUGCCUUUACUAGGUUCCGUCUGGCUUCUAGCCCCAGAGACUCUUUCUGGGAAGCGCUAUAUUUUGCCCAUCAAACUAGCUGUACCAGGGCAUCUUGGUGGCUGGCGGAUCAUCAUGUCCUCGUCCAGCAUGCUUCCGCCCGUAGGGCCUGUGGGUCAUGCCUACCCCCGACGACGACGCCGAAGCAGCAGCAGCAGCAGCAGCAACAGCAGCAGGCAGUACUCCUGGACCGGGCCCCGACCGAAGCCCCGGGGCGGUUCCCGCGGCUACUCCACCGACGACGAAGACGAGGUCCUCUACGACCUGGACGAAGCCGCCCUGGCGCAGCUGCCCGUGCACCUCCAAGACACCAUGCGCGAGUUGCAGCUGGAGCGCGUCCACCGGUUCCAGCAGCAGCAGAGCGCCCACAACGAGCUCCGGCUCUGCAGGCCCCCCGUCUACCACAGCGACUAUGCCGAGACCUGGUUCAAGAACAUGAUGGCCCGGCUGUCGGCGGACCAGGAGAUGAGUGAGGCCCACUACCAUCUGCGACAGGCCCAGGGAAACACCUACCAACAGGAUGGAAGUUGGCGCUCGCAGCAGCAGCAGUGGUCGGUCAACCGGCACAAUGAUAUUCAGGCUGCUGCUGAUGCUGCUGCUGCCGCUGCCGCUGCCGCCGCCGCCAUGGGGGGAAACAGUACUUGGUUCGAAGAUGAUGGUGAACCGGGACUGGAAAUAUCCCCGCCUCUUCAUCAUCAUCAUAAUGAUGUGGCGGUUUUUGAAAGGGAUGUGGAUCGCUCACCUGUCAGCUCGAGGCGGUUUUACAGUAUGCAUUAUGGGCAUGGACCGCGGCUAGAGGAAAGAGGCCGGCCUUUGUAUGAGACAGACACGGGGAGUAGUAGUAGAGAACGGCGGCGCGGGGAUGGCAGGGGCGCGGCUCAAUCCCAUGAUCCACGGAAGAAGAGCCGGUCGGUCAUAACUUUUAUGCGCUGUAGGGUGAAGAGGAGUAUUCGAAGAAUGGGGAGGCUGUUGAAGAGAUAAAAUCGAAAUGGGCCUCUGAUUGUGCUGGCGUUUUUGCGGUAUACCACUUUUUAAGCUUGAUGGGUGUUUAUUAUAUUCUUCUAUGGGUUGGAUUGGGGUAUUCGUUGUUGAGAGAUCAGCCAUUGCAGUUGCUGCGAUGUGUGCAGUUCGUUAUAUAGAGA